AGAUCACUGCGCCUCCAAUAAACCAGUCUGUUACCGAAGGAUACCCUGUCAACUUUAGUUGCGUAGCCUCAGGUGUUCCAACACCAACAUUUGUCUGGGAUUUUAAUAAUGACGACCUGCCAUCUGGUAUCCAUCAGACUGAUCAAGAAGGAGAGUCACUGCUGGAAUUUCCACGUGUCACAAAAGAGAUGGAGGGGACUUACACGUGCACAGCAAAAUGCAAAGAAAUUUCAACUAGUUCCUCUGCAGCACUGAGUGUUCAUGGAAAAGCCUCUGCACAAGUUCUUGCAGAGACACAUCAAACACUCAUAACGGGAGAACUCCUCACAUUGACCUGCAAAGUCAAUGUGGAAACCAUAAGCAUAACUUGGAAAAAAGAUGGAGAAUCAUUAAAAGAACGAGCACUUAUAGAUACCCGAUUAGAUGAGACAAAGAGUACACUUGUUAUUACUAACGUUGUGGAAGAGGACAGUGGUGAAUAUUCUUGUGAAGCAAGUAACAAGCUAGGAACUGUGGCUCGCUCUUCUGUGACAUUGGACGUAGAAGCCCCAGCAGUUCCUUCCAGCAGUUCACUGGAGUGGUAUUACAUUGGCGGACCUGUGGCUGCUGUCAUUUUCCUGCUGGCUCUCAAUGCAUACAUCAAAAAACGCCGUGCGACAGCUUUGCAAGAGGUGCCCAGCAGGUUGAAUGAAGAGCAAGAUGAAGUUGAAAUGGGUCAGGUAAACGUAAACACGGAUGAAUGGGAGAUUGCAGUUGACCGUCUGAACUUUCGCGAGCCUAUUGGCAGAGGGGCAUUUGGCUCAGUGUGGCGAGCGCUACUGGGUCGGUCCCGUGGCAGACGAGGAAAUCGUACCGUCGCUGCCAAGUGUUACCUGCCAAUCUCUGGAGAGGAAGGAAGGAAAGCCCUGCUGAGAGAGAUCGAGUUAUUGAAACUCUUUGGAAGAAUGGGCCAUGAGAAUGUUGUUAAGUUCAUUGGCUGUGUUACAGUUGGAGCUCAGCCAAUACUUAUCAUGGAGUACCUGUGGAGAGGUGACUUGCUGGGUUACCUAAGAAAAUCCAGGGGGGUUUUCGACCACUAUCAUCGUGGGGUCGGAAGGGUCGACCACUUGACAACAUAUGACAUGGUGCUGUUCGCCAAACAGAUCGCAAAUGGUAUGACAUUUCUCGCGUCUAGAGGGAUUAUUCAUCGCGAUCUUGCAGCUCGCAACAUCCUUCUUGAUGAGCAUCGUGUAUGCAAGUUGACUGAUUUUGGGCUCUCUUAUCAGGAUUUCAAAUACGGCGCAGGAAAUGCCAAGAAAGGAUGUAUCCCAAUCAAAUGGAGCGCACCCGAGAUUCUUUACGGCCAUGUGGAACGGCUGUCAACCAAAAGUGAUGUGUGGUCUUAUGGCAUAGUUCUGUUUGAAAUCUUCACAAUCGGAGGCAUUCCAUACGAAGGAUGGUCUGAAACCACGAUAAUGAGAAAAAUCUAUCAAGGUUACCGUUUGCCAAAGCCUGAACAUAUCGACGACAGUUUAUACGCGGUGAUGUUAAGCUGCUGGAAAUAUCAAAUCGCUUCCCGGCCACAUUUUGUGAACCUCUGCAAAACAAUGGAUACCUAUCUUAAAACAAAGACCUAUGUGGAUAUCGUGGACAUGGACAAGUAUGAUCACGAUAAGUACAAGUUUAUUGAUGAUCGUGGAGCUGUUGCAAAUCAAGAAGACGCAGGACCGCAUGAGCAAGGAGCAGCUUUCCCUCUCACAAUAAGCAUAGGAGACGAAGGAGCAGCUGCAGCAAAUCCCAACCGGGAAGUGGGUGAACACGGUGCUACUGCGCAUCCUUUUGUGGUUGCAAUAGACGGCAGUGUAACAGCUUUCCCCUUCAGAGUUAACGUAGUAGACGAAGGAGCAGCUGCAGCAAAUCCCGAUCGUAAAGUGAGUGAACACGGCGCUACUGCGCAUCCGUUUGUGGCUGCAAUAGAAGAUAGUACUAGAGCUUUCCCUCUCGGAAUCAAAGUAGGAGAAGAAGGUGGGGCAGCACAUUCUUUUCAGAGUGAUGAAAAAGAUAUUGAUGUCUCAGCGUACCUUCACGAGAGUGAUACUUUACCAUACCUCAGCGACAACGAGGAGGAAGAUUUUGGUGACUCCGAGUGCCCUCUUGGGCUUGAAGAAAAAGCUAUUGACGACCCUGAGUGCCCUCUUGUGAUUGAGGAAGAAGAUAUUGAUCCUUUGCCAUCCUCUUCGGUGCUGGAUGAUAACGGUCGUGGUACUCUGGCAUGCCCCUUUGUGAUUGACGAGGAAAAUCCUGAUUGUUCAACAUGCUCUCUCGUGAUCGAGGAGGAAGAUUCCAGCAACUCAGCAUGCUCCCCCAUGAUUGGGGAAGAAGGCUUGGAAACCAGAGUAUGUCCUCCUGUGAUUGAAAAAGAAGAUCCCAACUCUGAAGCACAUCCCCUUGCCACUGAAGUGAACAAGCCUGAUGCCUCACAGUUCCCUCCUGUAAUCGAGAAAGAAGAUGUCGAUUCUUUGGAAUACCCUCCCCUGAUUGAAAAAGAAGGCCAUGUUGAUUCCGCUUCUCCUCCAGAUGUCGAGGCAGGUGGAACAAGCAAACUUGAAACCAAUGAUGAUAAUCAAGAUGCUGCAGCAGUACAGUCUGUAAAGAUGACAGGAGGUGAAGAACCUAAGACUUGCCAACUUGAGAACACAGAGGAUGAACAAGACGAUAUUGGAAAAGAUAUGGAGGACAAAGGUGAUGCCGUAGACCUUUGUGAUGAAGAGGUUGGUGUGCAAGAGAGUAAUGGUUAUCAACUAACGCCCGUGGAUACAGACGAAACCGGAAAUGAAGAGGACGAGGAGUCAUCCGAAGCAACUCCUCUUGUGCAGGACUGAGGCAUGAUACCAGAAUUGCUGAAUCUCCAAUGUUGUAGUCGUAUAUUACUCAGUAAUAGUUUGUGGCCUAGACUUUGAGAACCUUAGGCUUACCUUUUUGUAGCUCUUUAUUUUAAGAUGUAAUGUUCAUCUUACAAUUAUGAUGCUUUGGUAGUAAUGAUAAUCAUUUUUAUAGUUUGUAAAUGGAGGGUAAGUGAACGUUUCCUUGAAAGAAAACUUGCUUAUUUACUUCACUUUAACACUUUUUAGUUUGGCGUUUAUUCACUUGUUGCACCCAUGGGUGCUUGGUCUGUUAUCGACUGUAGAGUGAUUGAGACAAAGAGAUACCAAAAAAAAAAGCAUCGCUAUUUAGAUAACUUUUAUGACUGACUAAGUCAGACAUGCUCAUUGAAGUUGUGAGUGUUUUCUAAGUAUAAGUAAAAUUUCCUAAUUUUCGUAAGUGCAAUGUACAGAAGAAAAAUGCUGUUGGUUUGUUCGUCUCAAUGCAAAGUUAUUGUUAAGAACUCAAAGUGACCAUUAUGGACGACAAAUAAAUAGAUGUUGAUAUCUCUUAAGCCACCAUCAAUAUUGACCCUACUAAAAAUAAUUAACUUGUUGUAAAACACUCUGUAAAUGUUUC